AUGCAAGCAAGGGAAUAUCCAUUCCUCGACACCGAUGUGGCUGGAAUAUUUGACGAUUUGCUAGGUUUAAAACUUAUCGAAUUGCCUGAAAUGAAGCGCCCCGAAGAAGCUAACAAGACCGAUGACCCAAAAUACUGCAAGUAUCAUCGGUUGGUCGGGCACCCAAUUCAUGAUUGCUUCGUAUUCAAAGAUAAAGUUAUGCAGCUAGCUCGCCAAGGGAAGAUAUCACUUGAAGAGAUCAGCGCCACUACAAAUUUUGUCGUCACCACUUUUGAGUCCCUUGACAUGACGACAACAAACUUACACAGAGGAGAUGAUGAUUGUAUCAACAUCUCAUGCAACGCGAUAAUUGAAAAGGAGACCGCUGCUAGUGGAACGACUCCGUCUCCAAAUGAAGUUUGUACCGUGAUUGGUAAAUGCAUGUCAACAAUAACUUUCGCUGAUGAAGAUUUACUUCUUGGUUCCAAACCACACAAUAGGCCGUUGUUUGUUGCCGGCUACGCCCGUGAGCAGAAGGUGAAUAGGAUUUUAAUCGAUGGAGGUUCUGCAGUCAAUAUUUUGCCGUUGCAGACUUUAAAGGAAUUGGGAAUCUCCACGGAGGAGCUCAAAACUAGUCGCUUGAUGAUCCAAGGAUUUAAUCAAGAAGGACAAAGGGCCCUUGGCAUCAUAAGGAUAGAGUUGUUAAUGGAUGAUAUGUUAUCCACCGCACUGUUCCAUGUCAUUGAUGCAAGAACCUCAUAUCGCAUGCUUCUCGGACGACCUUGGAUACAUGAGAAUAGUGUGGUUCCUUCUUCUUGGCACCAAUGUUUCAAGUAUUGUCGAGACGGAGUAGUUAAAAUAAUACUCGCCGAUGAUAAACCGUUCACCGAGGCAGAAGCCCACUUUGCCGAUGCUAAGUACUAUCUUGAUGAUGAGAAGACGGUAAAGGCCAAAGAAAUUCUACCAGUUGAAGAACCAAAGCGAAGAAAUAAUCAAGACAAUGCUCCUUUAGCGUGUGAGGCUUUGAAAGAUUUGAUGUUUCCCCUAACACCAAUUGACGAGAAGCGAUCAACUUCUCAACCACCUAAAGGAUUUGUUCAUCCCACAGAAGGAACCCAAGAGGAAUGCGAAGAAUUCUCCGAGUCCCAAAUGACAAAAUGUUUUGGCCCAAAUGCUUAUAAACUCUUAGUGAAAGCUGGUUUCAACCCACGUGAAGAUUCUACGCUUGGAUGGCUUCCUGCCGAAGUUGUUGGCGAAAAGGUGCAUGGCCUCAAUACUACUCAGAUAAUGUUGAAAGAAAAGGGACAUGCUAUUCAAAGUCCUAGAGUUGGUCUUGGAUUUGUUCCACAAAAGCCAAUUCGUAUUGCUAUCAAUAGAGCUACCAGUAAUUACAUAAUCGAAGAUGAAUUCUCAUCAACAGACGAUUUUCUUGAAAGUAGAACAAAAGUGAGAAGGACAUCCGUCUUUGAUAGGCUUACACCAUCUGUCUUCGACAGACUUGCGCCAUCCGUCUUUGAUAGGCUUGGACCACUUAGAGAGUGGGGGCAUGAAAAAGGCGACAAACGAGGGUUUGAUAGACUUACGCCAUCCGUCGUUGAUAGGCUUGGACCACUUAGAAAGUGGGGGCAUAACAGAAAGAACAAGCAAGAUGUGGGUGUCUCUAAUACUAAAAUCACCAAAACACGAAGGAUUCGAAGUUCAAUUCCAUCUCGCAUGAAACGGCGUACUUAUUUGACCAUAACAUGUGGUGAAGAGUUGAAGGCUAAAAUGCGAACUGUCGUCUUUACAAAAAUCCAAGACGACGAGGAAGAUGACAGAGAAAGUGUGGCAUCAUCGUAUCAUAUCACUUUAAGUGAAAUAGACGUGAUUGAGGAGGAAGACGCUGAAAUUGCUCCACCCGAGCUUGAAGAAGGAGUCAAAGCCACCAUCGAUGAGUUAAAUGAGAUUAAUUUAGGAGAUGCGGAGAAUCCUCGACCAAUCUACAUUAGCGCUUUACUGGCUGUCAACGAAGAGGAGACUUAUAUUGAAUUGUUGCACGAGUUCAAGGAUGUGUUUGCAUGGUCUUCUAAAGAAAUGCCCGGAUUGGACCCAAAAGUGGCAAUACAUCAUCUCUCCGUGAAGAAAGGAGCUCGCCCUGUAAAGCAAGGCCAACGUAGAUUUAGACCUGAAUUAGUCCCUGCAAUUGAGGCUGAAGUGAAUAAACUUAUUGAUGUUGGUUUCAUUCGAUAA